AAUCACAAAUUUUCUCCCCCUAGAAAAAUUCCAAGUCAUGGAAUAUCUCUUAAAGAUUUUAUGCCUUUUUUCUUUACUCUAUUCCACUUUAAAACUCUUCAAGUUGAUUCUUAAACGUAGAAACCAAUCAUGUUACAUAUUAGCCUAUGAGUGUUUCAAACCAAAAGAAGAAACAAAACUCAACACAAAUAUAUGUGCAAGAAUAGUGUUUACAAAGAAAAACCUUGGUCUAGAGGAACUCAGGUUCCUCAUAAAAAGCACAGUUAGUUCAGGAAUAGGUGAAAACACUUAUUGUUCCAAAAACAUUCUUGAAGGAAGAGAAACAUGUCCAACUCUCAAAGACACAUAUGAAGAAAUAGAUGAAGUCAUGUUCGAUACACUCGACAACCUUUUCAAAAAAACAUGUUUCUCUCCUUCCGAAAUCGAUAUUCUUGUUGUCAAUCUUUCAUUGUUUUCACCAAUACCUUCGAUCACUUCAAGAAUAAUAAACCGAUACAAAAUGAGAGAAGAUGUAAAAGUGUUCAAUAUUUCAGGAAUGGGGUGCAGUGCAAGUCUUAUAGGUGUAGAUCUUGUGCAGCAGCUUUUCAAAACACAUGAAAACUCCUUAGGAAUUGUUGUUAGCACACAACAGAUUGGUGCUCAUUGGUACCUUGGAAGAGACAAAAGUAUGAUGUUAUCUAACUGUCUUUUUCGUUCAGGUGGCUGUGCAAUUUUACUGACAAACAAAAUGGAGCUGAAAAACAAAGCUAUCUUGAAACUGAAACAGAUGGAGAGAACAUAUUACAGCACUGACGAAGCUUAUAAUUGCUGCAUACGUUUGGAAGAUGAAGAAGGUUUUGAAGGUGCUAGACUAACCAAAAGUCUUGUUAACUGUGCUGCACAAGCUUUGACAUUAAAUUUGCAGCGUAUGGUUCCAAAGAUUCUCCCAGUUUGGGAACUGGUGUGGUUAUUUGCGGUUUCGCUACGCAACGGUAUGAAGAAAAUUGAGUUGAAAAAUGGGAUUGAGCAUUUUUGUGUUCAUCCUGGUGGUAGAGCAGUUAUUGAUGGAGUUGGUGUAGGUUUAAUGUUGAAUGAGUAUGAUCUUGAACCAACUAGAAUGACACUUCAUCGUUGGGGAAAUACUUCAUCUAGUGGAAUAUGGUAUGUUUUAGGUUAUAUGGAAGCAAAAAAGAGACUGAAAAAGGGUGAUAGAAUUUUUAUGAUUAGUCUUGGAGCUGGUUUUAAGUGCAAUACUUGUGUUUGGGAAGUGAUGAGAGAUUUAUCUGAUACAAAUGUUUGGAAAGAUUGUAUUGAGAGUUAUCCUCCACCAUUACUGAUUAAUCCUUUCAAGGAAAAGUUUGAUUGGAUUCAUGAUGAUUAUCUUAGUUUUGUGAGGUUGGAUACUAGCAGAAUGAAGAUUGAUAGUUAAUUAAGAGAUGAAAUCAUCUUCAUCAUUAUUAUACAGAAAAACAUAAUUUGGUUGGGUGGUUAUCAACAAGAAAGAUUAUUAAUUUAUUUGAUGAACUUCUUUAAAAUAUUUGUUGUGUUCAUGUUUGAAAAUAUUAUUAUAGUAUUGUAUUAUUUGGUUAGAACAUGUGUAUUGUGCUAUUGAUAAAUGAAAUAAAGUUCAUGUAAUUAAUAAGUAUGUAGGCUGUAAAAUGAUUUGAUUUAAAAACAAAAAUAAACUGCAUUUGUUAGGUGUCA